AACUCCAGCACCGCUGUGUUGGUGAGGAGGAUACGGGGCUAAACUCGGCAAAAGGGGCCUCGAUUGGAAUUCGUGUUAUGGAUACUUGGAGUAAAAGGGCCACGCUUUUCAGACUGGAUAUAUAAUAACCAACGUCGUUUUUUUUUCUUGAAGCUGAACGGUCGCAGAUUUUCGGGGACCCUGCAUCCCACAGUCAUGGAAUGCAUGCUAUUGUGGGGCCGAGGGGUUUUAAAUCUCGCCGUCCACUCUUCGCACCUCUGGGUUUGUUCGGUCAUUGUUCGUCGCUAGCUGAAAGUCCCAGACAUUUGGCCUUUCCUACACAGUAAAGGCUGUUCGAGACAAAGUAAACACUACAAACAAUUUGAGAAGACUUUAGGAGGACUCUCUUUCCUACCUCAGGGAGGUAACUGCACGUAUCACCACCGAGCUAACCAACUAAGAAAAAAGUGGUUGGAAAAUCAGUGACUUGUAAAGGUAUACCUGAUCAGGUUGUUUGUGAACAUGGAGACUGUGAUCGAAAAGGAAUGCAGUGCACUUGGAGGGCUUUUUCAGGCCAUAAUCGGCGACAUGAAGGGCAGCUACCCAGUCUGGGAGGACUUUGUUAACAAAGCUUCGAAGUUGCAAUCCCAGUUAAGAACCACCGUGGUGGCGACCGCAGCGUUCCUCGAUGCCUUCCAGAAGGUAGCCGACCUGGCGACCAGCUCUCGAGGGGCCACCCGGGACAUUGGAUCGGCGUUGACCCGGAUGUGCAUGCGGCACCGGAGCAUCGAGGCUCGGCUGAGACAGCUGUCAAUGGCCCUCAUCGACUGCCUCGUCAACCCUCUGCAGGACCAGAUUGAGGACUGGAAGAAAGGGGCCAACUCUCUGGAUAAAGACCACGCCAAAGAGUAUAAGAAGGCCAGACAGGAGAUCAAGAAGAAGUCAUCUGACACCCUGAAACUGCAGAAGAAAGCAAAGAAAGUGCUGUUUCCAGCUGAUGCCCUUGGUCGUGGUGAUCUGCAGCCCCAGCUGGACAGUGCUCUGCAGGAUGUGAGUGAUAAGUACCUGCUGCUGGAGGAGACGGAGAAGCAGGCGGUGAGGAAGGCCCUGGUGGAGGAGCGCACUCGCUUCUGCUCAUUCGUCUCCAUGCUCAGACCCGUGCUGGACGAGGAGGCGUGUUUGCUGGGGGAGAUCACUCACCUGCAGACUAUUGCUGAUGACCUCAAGUGUUUGACCAUUGACCCUCACAAGCUGCCCCCGGCCAGCGAACAGGUCCUGCAUGACUUGAAAGGCUCUGACUACAACUGGACGUACCACACCCCUCCGGCCUCCCCCAACAACGCCAUGUCCAGGAAGUCCAGCAUGUGCAGCAGUAGUCUGAACAGCGUGACCAGUAGUGACUCCAGUGGCCGCUCCAGCGGCUCCUAUGGCCACUCCCCCUCGCCGCACUACCGCUACCGCAGCUGCACGCUGCCGCCCCACGCCACCUCCGCCCGCCUGGCCUCCAUCUCAUCGCACGACUCCGGCUUCCUGUCGCACGACACCGGCCACCAUUCCAAGUCCCCCUCGCCCAUGCCUGCACCUGCAGACACCGGCACACAGCUGACCAAUGGUUUUGAUCACUACGGGCUUCCUGACUCCCUCUACCUGAACGGGUCGGGCCCCACCUCCUCCCUCACCGUCCCCAGCAUCAUCACCAAUGGCAACCACAGCAGCGGCAUCUACCCCUCCUCCUACCCUCCCCCAGCCUCCCCCUCCUCCUCUUCCUGCUCCUCCUCCUCGACCCUGCGCUCUUGGUCCAGGCCCAUCUCCGCCCUGGUGCCCGACUACCCCCACUACUGCACCCUGGGGGCCGGGGGCAUGCUGCCCUCCUCCAAGGUCCCCAGCUGGAAGGACUGGGCCAAGCCGGGCCCCUAUGACCAGCCCAUGGUGAACACCCUGCGCAGGAAGAAGGAGAGCGCGGAGGGCCCCCCGGCCCCGGCCCUGGCCCACGCCCCUGCUCCUGCCGCUGCCCCUGCUCUUGUCCAGCAGCAGAGGACACGUAGCGGCAGCUCCACUGAAGAUUCACCCAGAGCUCACAACACUCCCAUGCAUAAGCCUCAGCCUGUGGAGGAGUCUGACCCCCAUGCGGAGUUGUCCCUGGCCCUGUCCUGCGGCCUGCAGCUGGACCCCCAUCACCCCCACCCCCACUCUCUCCCCCACCCCCACCCCCAGGGCUCCAGCCGGGACUCUCUGCACUGCUCCAGUGGCUACAGCACGCAGACCAACACCCCCUGCUGCUCCGAGGACACCAUACCCUCACAGAUGUCAGACUACGACUACUUCUCGAUGGGCGGCGAGCCAGAGGAGGAGCAGCAGGACUUUGACAAGUCCAGCACGGUGCCGCGCAACAGCGACCUCACGCAGUCCUACCGCCGCAUGUUCCAGGCCAAACGCCCCGCCUCAACCGCCGGAGUCCCCUCAAGCCCCUCCCACCACGCCGGCCCCAACCACACCGGACCAAUCGCGGCCCACCACCACCACGGAUCCAACGCUCACGGGCCCGUCAUCAUCACGCCGGGCGUGGCCACCAUCCGCCGCACGCCCUCCACCAAGCCGUCGGGCCGGCGCGCCACCAUCUCGGCAGGGGAGAGGGGACCCAUCCCCAUCAAGACCCCCGUCAUCCCCCCGUCACUCAAGACGCCCGGCGCCAACACCACCACCAUGGGCCAUGACGGCCUGCCAAGCCUGUGCCUCAGCCAGGGGGGCACGAGCCCCGGCAAAGGCAUGGGCAUGUACGCGGGUAUGUACACGGGCAUGGGCAUGGAUGACGACGACCCGGCCAGCCCCGAGUCGCCGCUCUCGGGCGGGGAGGAGCUGGGCAUCCUGCCCGUGUCGUCGUGGAGCGGGCAGGCCUCCACCAACCCGCCCGUGGCCCUGGGUCAGGUGGGCAAGGUGGGACAGCAGAUGGGCGAGGUGAUGGUGGGGGUGGGGGUGGGGGGCAUGCUGGUGGAUGGGAUGGACUCCGGGCUGGACCCUCAGGGAGACACCAUGCUGAUGACUAUCCGCCGCGGCGUCAAGCUGAAGAGGACGCUGACCAACGACCGCUCCGCGCCGCGCAUCGCCUGAAGGGCUCGGUAGCCAUAGCAACAACAACAACAACAACAACAAAAGAAACACAUGCCCCUCUUUUAGGUGAUUGGCUGAGCAGACAGACACUGUGGGCUGCAGGACAGGAAACAAAACAUUAGCCUUUAAAGUGAGACUUAAGGAGUGGAAGUGUGGCUGGGUACUGUAUGUGUGUGCGUAUAUGGGGCACAGAGUGUUUCGGCAGAAAUGGGACAUUUGCCCUCAUGUGAAACUGAGCUGUGGAUGACAAGUAUGGCCUGACUGAGUACUGUAUGUGUUUGCGCAUAAUAUGGGGACAGAGUGUUUCGGCAGGAAUGGGGACAUUUGCCCCGAAGUGAAUCUUGAGUUAAGGGUGAGAAGAUGGUGCGAAUGUGUAUGUGUGUGCGCGAGCCUGGUGUUAUAGAAAGUUUAGGCAGCCAAUUCUGAAUGAAAGAAGGGUUGAGAGACCACCGUGUCCACUGUCCAUUCAAGAGACUACCAGUAAGGUGUGCUCACAGUCUGCUCUGUUAAGUCAAUGGCAAUCGGCAUGUAGUACGUACGAUAUGGCUGCCCUCUGCAAGGGAACUGUAAGGACAUUUUGGACCUGUCCCAUCCCAGAAGAGGAGAGCUUUGAAUAGGCCGGGAGGCCUGAAGAAACCCAGCUUGGGACCUGGAUUCCUGUAAAGAUGGACAAUGAUGGCUCGUUUUCAUUUUGUUGUAAAUCACUUUUCUUCUGAUGUCUUACAGUAAGCAGCUGAGGCCAACACGUGGGGUGCCAAAUGUAAUGUAAUGGCCUACCUGUACUUAUACUGUAUAGACCUGAGAAUGUGUACUUUCCUUCAUGGCAGGUGCCAUCCUGUUUAUGGUCAGAACACGACUGGUUUAGUCCUGGUUCACCUUUCCAAGAAGAAGUACUGGAACGAGCAAUAUCCUUCCUUAAGACUGAUUUUUUUUUGUUUUCUUUUCUUUUUUCCCCCCUUUUUUUUCUUUUUAGACGAGAUGAACAUGGUGUGUAUGUAACCUUCAUCAGUUCUGAAUAUCACAAUCGCCUCUCUGUACCCUGAACUGCUACAGUUUAAGUAGUUCGAUAACGUAUAUCACCCUCAAUUGGUUUACGGUAACAUUCACCCUCCAUCCGUUUGAAAGGAAUAUACUGGCUCACAGGGGUACUGCUAGAAAUCGUUGAACCCCCUGAAAGAAGCUAAUUUCGGGCCCCAGCCCGCCUCAAUCACAUCACAGUAACCCUGUGGGGCCCUCGGAUGCUCUGGGCCCCCAAAAUGUCUUGAUCUGCCUUAGCGGCGGCCCUGCUAGCUCAUAAGUUUAACAAUGAACUUGCAAAGUGCGCACAGUUGUACAUCAUAAUGGUAAGAAGCGAGUGUUUAAAGAAAAUCUUAUGUACGUAAACAUGAGAAAGAUGUAACAGGUUGGCACACAACAGAUGUUAUUCAUUGCUUAUAACUUAAAUUGGUUUUAAGCAUUUUGUUUUUUGUUUGUGAUUAGGAAUGCAUGAAGCCUUACCUGUGUACACUGCUGAUUGAGUUGAAUGGUGCUGUUUAUUUGAAUAUAAGAUGCGUAUUAAUUUUACAAACCUUUGUGAACUGGUUUGUAGUGCUUUGUGCCUCCCUCACAUCAGGUUUUUAGUUUGUAUGUAGAUGCAGAAAGGUGGCCAGGAAGUGAUUUGCCAAACGUGAAAUGUCAUAAUAUGACAAGCCAACACAAUCAGCCGCAACUCAAUCAAAAGUGUGUGUUUUUAAAUGACCCACUGUCUGUUGUACCUCUGUUUUUUUCUGUUAUGAUUUAAUCUUGUAUAUAAUGUAGAUACAUUUUUGUAAUUUUAUAAUUUGACAAAAUUAUCUGUCCUCCCCUGGAAGAGACUGUUCAGAGGGUUGAUUUCAUAGGCAGCACAGAGUGCAAACAUUUUAAAAUGUUAAGUAAAAAUAACUGACAUGUGAUAUGAAAGCACACUUUAAUGAUAAUAAUAAUAAAAAAAUGUUGCAUAUCUGAGAUGGUAUUAAGGACCUAUAUAUUGCAUAGCAUUGAUGUGGGUAUGAGUUGAUCACUUAAUGUUGGUCUGCAUUGGCACACACUAUUAACACCUAUAGGUAGCUCCCAGAAGCAAUAGCCAUCUGUGUGGGAGUAUAGGUAAUAGACUAUCUAGAAUAUCAUUUACUCUUAUGCAAUGCCUCAUGUAAAAGAAAACUUGUUUCAAAUGCUCCUCUGUCCAUGUAAACCACCAGUAAUGGUAAGAAUCUAUUUUUGUGACCUACACCCUAAGUUCUCUGACUUUGGAUUGACUCCUUAUGUUGAUGGUAAAUGUUCAAUUUAUAGCAAAUUCAGUGCUUUAUUUAUUUAUUUUCAUGUUUAAUCACAGCUUUAGCACACAAAUAAAAUGUUUGUUUUAAUA